AUGGCCAACCAGAAGAAGUCAGUGGCGACAUCUGCUUCCCAAAAUAAGAAUAAAGCUUACAGGAAGACAUUUAAAACUCCCAUUGGCAUGUCUCAUUCUCGUUUGGCUUUUGGUAAGGCACGCCAUUUAUCGGUGGAGUUAGAGCACCGAGCUUAUUGGUCAAUGAGACAGUUGAUCAUGGACUUUAACAUAGCAGGACAAAAUAGGCUUGUGGAAUUGAAUGAACUUGAUGAGUUUCACAAUGAAGCACAUGAGAAUGCCAAGAUCUAUAAGGAGCGUACUAAAGCUUGGCAAGACAAAAAUCUUGUUCGUAAAGAGUUUCAACCUGGGAAGCAAGUACUAUUAUUUAAUUUAAGGUUGAAAUUGUUUAUGGGCAAGUUAAAGUCAAGGUGGUCAGGACCGUACACAGUGGUGAGAGUUUUUCCUUAUGGAGUAUUGGAAUUACAAAAUAAAGAUAAGGAAACUUUUAAGGUGAAUGACCAACGAGUUAAGCCAUACUUGGGUGGAUUUUAUGAUCAAGCAAACUCCGUCCUCCUCUUAAAGCCACCCUGA